UAGCUUUUUAUGAAGGAUCAAUCUUUUGCAGUGCCUUAAUUGCAUCAAGAAAUUGCUCAAGCACCAAUAUAUAAGUAAUAUUCUUUUUUUUUCUUUUCUUUUUUUUUCUUUUCUUUUUUUUCUACAACUUAUUAAUGCCUACUUGAAAUCUUAAAUUAUUAUUAAAAUUAUUAUUAAAAUUUUGAUUAUAAUAAUUAUAUUGAAAUUUUAUUGGAGAAAUCUUAAAUGAAAGGCAUGCAUUUAAAAAUUUUUCAUAUUGUUUGACUUGUUAUAUUUUACGUCUAUAUUUUCCGAGAAGUGAUAAUAUUCGAAAGGCAAAUUAUGUGAUUAUAAUAUUCAGUUAAAAGUAUUCUUUAAACAAUCUCUAAUAUUGCAUUAUUUUUAACAAAAUAAAUAACCGUACAACAUAUUUAUCUGCAAAGAUUUGAUAUUCAUUUAAAAUUUCGAUUAACUCUUGGAUAUUAUAUUGAUAAAAUAAUAAAUGGAGAAACAAUUUAAAGUGAGAUAUUUGGAAAUUUCAUCGGCAGAUAAUAUCGGGUCUAUUUCUUUGAAUAUAGCAGGCGUUAAUGAGUUAAUGGAAACUGAUCGUUUGCAGCAGCCUUUAAUAGAUUUCUGCGACGAUUAUAAGUAUGGUACAAAACGUAGGGCUUGCUUCUAUAGUUACGUAAAUGAGUAUAUAUUAUUAUUUAAAUCAUGUUUUGUACGCUUAAACGUAUAAUAAAGUCUUGAGAUAAGAGAUGUUAUUGGUGCUUGAUCAAGAUUGUGAUCUUAACAGUGGUUAUUGAUUCUAUUAUAUUUAUUAUGAUAAUUUCAUUGAUAGGAUCACAAUCCAAAAAACAUAAAUUGUUUAAAUAUGAUAAAUGAAAUGGUCAUUUUCCAGAGAGUUAUGGUUUAUGAUCAUGAAAGCAUUGUAGAAACGUUAAGCGAAAAAUAUUGAAAUCUGAGAUGAAAUGCGGCCAUCUCCUAAUUUCUUUAUUUAAUCCUUGGCUUUCUCAUUCUUGCGAAUAAAAUAUCUGUUAUGUCUUAUUACCUACUACACAUAUAAAUCAAUGAAACAAUUUCAUGAAUUAUUUGUAUUUAUACUUAGAUCGAAAAGCGAUUUCAAUAGGAUCAUCUUAUUUUGUAGAAAAAUUUUCCACCGUUUUGUUGAGCAAAGCGGAAUUUUUCUUAAUAAUGGUUAAUUUUGAAAUUGUAUAUACCACCAAUACGAAACAAGCGCAUUUUUCAAAACGAGAUUCGACAAGAAAUCUUGAGGACUUAUGUGUAUUAAGUGUCUCCAACUGAGAAAUAAGUUAUUAUUAAGAAUCCUUUAUUAAAUUAAUAUGAUUUACAAAAUUGAACACAAAUAGAUAAUAAAAAAUGAUGAAGAUUUGGCGAUUAGUUGGGGACUCUUUAAACGUACUCAGUUGUUCUACGAGUUUCCGUUUUCAAAUUUGUAAAAUUGAAGAAAGGUAAUGUGAUAUAUUCAUAUUAUUGCCCCAAUUUGCUUUUCUAUGGGGCCUAGAAGCACUCUGGGGUUACAUUCGUGUUUUACAAGAUACUGAGAAGUAAAGGACAUUCGAAUUUUCAUACAUCCGUUAUCUAAAGUAAAAGAUGAUCUGGAUGUAUUGGAAAUUAUAGAUAAGAUGGUAAUAAUUCAAAAUUUGCCUCGUUGAGUCGUAGUUAUUAUCGAAAUGUGUUUAUCAACAACCUAAUGAGACUAUACUUUGAGAAACAACGUCGCCGAAUUUUGUCUUAUUGCCAGAAGUUUAUAACGAUACUAAGUUGGUGAUGAUAUAAAGAAUAUCCAAUAAUGAAUGAAGAUAAUGUCGAAAAAUAGACUUCGUUCUAUCUAUAUAAGAACAAAGAAAAGGUAAUACUAUGUUUCUUCUUGUGAAGACUUAUCUUAUAUUCAUUAUUCGCAUCAUUUUACAGGUUUCUUAAAUAUUACAAACCCUUGAAAAAGAAGAAAAAGAAAACGUAAAAAAAACAUACACAAAUGAUGGUCAAAUUUUAGUAACGUACUGAUUACUUUUUCACAAUACGUAAUACACUCGGUAUCACGUAUAGAAGAAUAAGAAGGAAUACUUAUAUUAUUUAUAAUAUUUUUUUCUUUCAGAUAACCUUUCAUAACGCAAAAUUUUCUGAAUAAUUUAUAGGUUACUCGAGGACGAGUUAAUAAAUGUUCCUUUUUCUGAGAUAUCGCUUCAUAGGUGAGCCUUCCUUCUUCACGUGGGAUUCAGCGUUCUAAAUAAAAGAGACAAGGAAAAAGAGUCGUGAUAAACCUCUUUCGCGUAGUUUUUUUCAGUAAAAGAGAAAGAAAAUGAAAAAGAAAGAGAAACAUGAAUCCCACGAAAUUGUACCCCUAUUGCAGGACCUAUUUUAUCCGCGUAAACUGUAAUACAAUAGUUAGUCGUAACAAUAAGUGAAUAAAGUAUUAAUACUAAGAUGUAUGAAGUGGAAGUAUCUCUACGUAAUACAAAGAUAAAUGUGAUUCCGAGAGAUAACGCGGAUGCAUUAGAAUAAAAGGUCAUAUUCUAAAUACUUUUAUUUUACAAGUACGGUUUUCUUUUAAAUCCAUAAUUAUUGAACAAGUUAUACUAUCGGCACGGAAGUUUACAACAAUACUGACUAUCAUUGAAUUGUAAAUUCAUAUUUAUACUGUAGUAACAUACGUAUUUCGCUUUGCGUUUCCAUCUAUUGAUGAAUAAAGGCACAAAAAUUUCCUUUUAUUUUUAAUAUUUUCAACAAUUGAAGUUAUUUAUUGUUUUCGUUCGAAUAAUUGAAACAUCAAGUGUAUCUAACUCACGUACCGAUAGUUAAAGAAUUAAUUUCAAUGGAAGUAGUCAAAAAUGUGAAUGAUUCACCCAAAAAUUUCUGUUAAAAAAACCUUCAAUCGCCUAUUAAUUUAGUCUAAUAAUGCUGUACAUGUUUAUGUUAAAAGAAUAAUUAGAACAUGCUCUUCUGACGAUAGAAAAAUGAGAUCAUGAUGUGCGAUUUAUUGUUUUUAAUGUUGCGGUAUAGAAAAUGAAAGCUGCUCUUAAAAUAAAUCAGUUACUUUGUUUUCUUAUUCAUUUCUUGAGAGAGUACAGUUGUAACAUGUAACUUUCAGUAAUAUCGAUCAAAGAAAAAAAAAAAACACAAUCGAACGAAAAAAAAUUAAGAAAUAGAUUAUGACAGUAAAGAUUUUACACUGAUGAAAUUUUUUAUGGCGAAAAAUCGGUAACUCCCUUUUAAAAAAAUGAUUGUUUCAUACGUAGAUAUCCAUUGCUUAUUUCAACAUUAUCGGUUUGUAUUUGACAUCAAUAAACAAUUGUAAAAACGUUAAAAUACUUUAUAUUUUUGUUCUAUAUAUUAUUGUUUUGUCUAUACAUUAUUGUUUUAUUGUUAAUUUUGAUGAACAAAUACGUGACAAUUUGUUGCAUUUUAAAUUUAAAUGAUCGAUAUUGAACGAGUGAAAUCGAUAAAUUCGAGAUAAUCGAUCGAUUUCUGGAUCGAGGUCGCUGUAAAUCUAAUGGCAACAUUGAUCAAACACAAAUAUAGGUUAUAUUUGCCGCUAAAGUUAUUUAGUAAAUCAAAUUUCACGAAGAAGAUGUCGAUUUAAACUAUAAACGCUUUUGUUGACUGAAUGAUGUUAAGUGUUAUACGGGAAUUAUUGUUUCAAAAAUAAAACCAUCUAAAACAUGUAACUUUUUAGUGAAUCUCACGUCAUAAAAUGAAAGGUUAAGUUACUUAUAAAAACGAGGCAUCAAACUCUUUGAAAUCUCCGGACACAUGUUUUCCAACAGGGAAUAUAACAAAAAGAACUUCUUUUAAAAUUAACAAAAAAAAAACAAGCAAGUGAACAUGUUUAAAAAUACCUUUCAAAGUGGAUUUUUAUCAAUACUAUAUAGUAUUGGUAGCAAACCAUUACAAAUUUGGGAUAAAAAAGUAAGAAAUGGACACAUAAAACGAAUUACAGAUAAUGAUAUACAAAGUUUAGUAUUGGAAAUAUUGGGUAGCAAUGUCAGUACUACAUAUAUAACAUGUCCAGCAGAUCCCAGAAAAACUUUGGGUAUAAAAUUGCCAUUUCUAGUGAUGAUAAUUAAGAAUUUAAAAAAAUAUUUUACAUUUGAAGUCCAAGUUAUUGAUGACAAGAAUGUACGUCGUAGAUUUCGUGCUAGUAAUUAUCAAUCCACAACUAGAGUAAAACCUUUUAUCUGUACAAUGCCCAUGAGGCUGGAUGAUGGAUGGAAUCAGAUUCAAUUUAAUUUAGCUGAUUUUACUAGACGUGCAUAUGGAACAAAUUACGUGGAGACAUUAAGAGUUCAAAUUCAUGCAAACUGUAGAAUACGAAGAGUAUACUUUUCUGAUAGACUAUAUUCUGAAGAUGAAUUGCCAGCAGAAUUUAAAUUAUUUUUGCCAAUUCAAAAUAAGGCAAAAUGUUGAGUUAGUGCUGAUUUUAUAACACUCUACAAAGAUGUUUUGAAAAAAGACAAGAAUAAACCACAAAUAUUUAUAAAUUGAUCAACAUUGUAAUUUUUAUUUACAAUUGGUACUUAUUUAAUAUACAUAUAUUUAGUAUAUUAAUAAAUUACUACAUGUUAAAUGAUAUCGAUUGACAGUAUUGUAUGGAUGAUAUAUGUUCCAUUAAAUAUAUUUCAUUUUUUUACACACAUAGUUCUGUUGUAUGUUAUACAAAUUACAUUCAAAGAUAUAACUAAACAAUCGUAACAUAAUAUGUGCAUGAAAUAGAUCUGUUUACGUUUUCACGUAAAAUUUAUAUUUGGUUGUUUACUUUAAUUGUAUUUCUCAUUCAAUAAAAAGUAUGAAU